AUAUCCUUGCCAAAAUGGUGGCUCAUGCAUUCCUCCGAAUAAAUGUGAGUGUCCUCCCCUGUUUUAUGGCAGACGCUGUCAGAGAGCAAAGUGUCAGAUCACGUGUUUGAAUGGUGGUCGUUGCCAUAACAACCAGUGUCACUGUCCCUUUGGUUUCACAGGAAGAAGAUGUGAGAGAAG